AUGGAGAAUUUGAUAAGUUUGGUGAACAAAAUACAGAGAGCAUGCACAGCAUUGGGAGAUCAUGGAGAAGCAACUUCAUUGCCUACUCUUUGGGACUCUUUACCCUCCAUUGCAGUUGUUGGUGGCCAGAGUUCAGGGAAGUCUUCAGUCUUGGAAAGUAUUGUUGGCAAAGAUUUCUUACCCAGAGGAUCAGGAAUCGUUACUCGACGCCCACUAGUUUUGCAGCUUCAUAAGAUAGAUGAAGGCAAAGAACACGGCGAAUUCCUUCAUCUUCAAUCGAGGAAGUUCUAUGAUUUCGUUGCUGUAAGAAAAGAGAUUUCAGACGAGACUGAUCGUGUAACAGGCGAAACGAAACAAAUUUCAAGUGUCCCAAUUCAUCUUAGUAUCUAUUCUCCAAAUGUGGUGAAUUUGACAUUGGUUGAUCUUCCCGGUCUCACAAAAGUUGCGGUUGAUGGUCAAUCUGAAAGCAUCGUACAAGAUAUCGAGAAUAUGGUCCGCUCCUAUAUUCAAAAGCCAAACUGCAUUAUUUUGGCAAUUUCACCUGCUAAUCAAGAUCUGGCAACCUCAGACGCGAUUAAAAUGUCGCGUGAAGUGGAUCCCACAGGAGAAAGAACUAUUGGAGUCUUGACCAAAAUCGAUUUGAUGGAUAAGGGUACCGAUGCAGUUGAUAUCUUAGAAGGGAAAUCGUAUCGGCUAAAGUUUCCGUGGGUUGGGGUUGUUAAUCGUUCACAACAAGAUAUCAAUAAAAGGGUCGAUAUGACUUCUGCAAGACGUAGAGAACGGGAAUACUUUUUCAACAGCCGAGAAUACAAGCAUCUGGCUUCGAGAAUGGGUUCUGAAUAUCUUGCAAAGAUGCUUUCAAAGCAUUUGGAAGGCGUGAUCAAGUCCCGAAUCCCAGGCAUACAGUCGUUAAUCAGCAAAACUGUUGCUGAUCUUGAAGCUGAAUUGAGCCAUCUUGGAAAGCCCAUUUCUACGGAUGCUGGUGGAAAGUUGCUCGUGAUGAUGGAUAUAUGUCGGGCUUUUGAUCAAAUAUACAAAGAACAUCUAGAGGGGAUGCGAUCCGGAGGAGAUCAAAUUUACCAUGUUUUCGAACGCCAGCUUCCUGCUGCUCUAAAGAAGUUGCAGUUCGACAAGCAGCUUUCGAUGGAGAAUAUCAAGAAACUGAUCACAGAAGCCGAUGGAUAUCAACCGCAUCUUAUUGCUCCUGAACAAGGAUACCGUCACAUCAUUGAAUCUUCGUUGGUUACCAUCAAAGGACCCGCCGAGGCCUCCGUGAAUGCGGUUCAUAUGAUAUUGAAGGAGCUGGUUCGAAAAGCCAUCAGUGAAACCAUGGAGCUGAAGCAGUAUCCAAGUUUAAGAAAAGAAGUGGAAAAUGCUGCAAAUGAGUCACUUGAAAGAAUGAAGAAAGAAAGUAAGAAGGCAACACUUAUGCUGGUUGAUAUGGAAUGCUCUUACUUUACGGUUGACUUCUUUCGCAACCUUCCUCAAGAAGUCGAUAAGGGUGGGAACCCGACACAAUCCAUUUUCGACAGAUAUAACGACAUCUAUCUUAGACGAAUUGGAACGACGGUUUUGCAGUACGUGAAUAUGGUUCUUGCAGGCUUAGUGAACUCGGUUCCGAAGUCUGUGGUUCACUGUCAAGUUCGUGAAGCCAAACGCAGCCUCCUCGACCAUUUCUUUGCCGAAUUGGGUCAAAAAACGCCAAAUCAGUUAUCGAAGUUAUUGGAUGAAGAUCCCGCGAUCAUGGAGAGGCGAUCAUCGAUCGCGAAGAGAUUAGAAUUAUAUAAAAGUGCAGAAAUGGAGAUUAAUGGUGUUUCAUGGUGAUUAAAAGGCCAUGAAAAUGCUGUCAUCUCUGUCUCAACUUCUUUGGGUUCAUAUAUUUGCAUGUUUUUAGUUGAGGAUUAAAUCAGAUGCAAAGCACGAAGUGCAAAGUCAUCUGGUUUUUUAUUCGUAGUCAUGGGCAAAAAUAGAAUUUCACGUUCCCGUUUUCUCAGUCGAUGAAAUCGACUUAUCGGAUGUAUGCGUUACCGUUAUAGAAUUUGUAUUUGACGUGAC